UACUGAACAGGUUUUAGUUUUAGCCUUCUCUAACCAAUAGGCUCUCUUAUGGACUUUACGUUGGAAUUUCGGCUUUUGUAGUCAUUUUUUCCACUGUUAUUUUUUUGAUCAUGUUGAAGAACAACGCAAAGAAAACGGCCAUCACCGUCGCAGGCACCGCGAGCCUGUGUCUGCUGCUGCUGCUGCUGCUGGCUGCGCAGCAUCACCGGGUCCAGGUGACCACGGACACCGUCGGAGGAGACGCCGGGUCCCGCUCUCUGCUCCAGGAGACCCGCGUCCAAGAGGAGCUGGGGGACGGUGGCGCACAGAAGAAGAGCGGCUUCUCGGCGUACUUCACCAAACUGGCCCGAGGUCGCAGGGAGGUGGAGAGGCCCGCGGGUUCCUCCGGGUCCCCCGCUGACGCGCCUCCAGCCGAGGACAUCUCUGCCAACGACAUCUUCAUCGCAGUGAAAACCACCAAGAAGUUCCACCAGUCCAGGCUCAACCUGCUGCUGGACACCUGGAUCUCAAGAAACACGCAACAGACUUACAUCUUCACCGACGGAGAAGAUGCUGAUCUGAAGAAGAAAAUCGGGAGUCACGCCAUCAACACCAACUGCUCUGCAGCUCACAGCCGACAGGCUCUGUCCUGCAAGAUGGCGGUGGAGUAUGACAAGUUCAUCGAGUCCGGGAAGAAGUGGUUCUGCCACGUGGACGACGACAACUACGUCAACGUCCGCGCCCUUGUGAAGCACCUGUCGCAGUUCCAGCACACGCAGGACAUGUACAUCGGAAAGCCGAGUCUGGACCGGCCAAUCGAGGCCACGGAACGACUGGGAGACAACAAGAUGAAACCAGUGAACUUCUGGUUCGCAACUGGAGGUGCAGGCUUCUGUGUGAGUCGGGGUUUGGCGCUGAAGAUGAGCCCUUGGGCAAGCGGCGGCCAUUUCAUGAACACCGCUGAGAAGAUCCGCCUGCCGGACGACUGCACCAUUGGCUACAUCAUCGAAUCGGUGCUGGGGGUCCCACUCACCCGCAGCAACCUGUUUCACUCCCACCUGGAGAAUCUGCAGCAAGUGUCCAGAUCUGAGAUUCACAAGCAGAUCACCCUCAGUUAUGGGAUGUUUGAGAACAAGAGCAAUAUCAUCAAUUUGAAAGGGGCUUUUCCUGUGGAGGAGGACCCGUCGAGGUUCAAGUCUGUGCACUGCCUCCUGUACCCAGACACCCCGUGGUGUCCUCCCCAGGUUGUCCUCUAGGGCGACCGCUCCUUUCUCAUCCUCGUCCCCAUCGCGCCUCGGUAUCUGAAAGGCUCGAGGGGACCCGUGUUUUGGUAUUGGACCGUGCCACUCUUGCAGUGCGCGGUCUUUAUCGGUGGGCUGCUGUGCGGCCACGGGACUAUUUCGCUUCCUGUCUCCUGGAACCCUCGCCUCCUCCCCGCGGAGGAAGUCGUGUACAGGAAGUCGCUUUCAGCGUGUUUGCAGGCAAUCAGUUAAGCUUUGUGUGUGUUGCUUGUAAAUGUAUUUGCAAUUCUCAUAGAAUGUAUCGCCUUUGUCGCCAGCCAACUUUUCCACGCCGAUGACUCCGGACAAACGUCGAAGAUGAAGAUUUCUUUCUGCUUUAAGUGAACAGUGUUAGGUUUUCCAAAUGCAUCCUUGAGGGACCUGAUCUGAGGUGUAUCAGAACAAACGCACUUUUUUUUCUGGGAUAUUUUUUUCAUAUCCUUAAAUGAUAUACUUCAGAUCUGAGUCAAAUUUAACAAAAAAAUGAGAAACGCCCCCUGAAAAUCUCGAAUAUAUUCAUUUAUAUUUAAUAACUUUCCUUGCAUUAGUUACAAUCAGGGAGAUUUCAUGAGAGAUUUGGGGGUUUGAAAUCCGCUUUUUCGUUGCUUUGUAAAGAUUUUUUUUUUUAUUAUUUGAACUAUUGCACAGCUGAGUUUCAAAAGAGCUGAUGCCAGCCCCGGGCAGACGCUCACCUCUGAGGGCUCCGCUCCAGCGGCUUCUGAAUAACAAGCACAAGUGUGAUUUGCACAGAAGAAGCUGUGGUCGCGUGGAAGGCUGCGAGGUGAGACGCUGACCGGAGCGACAUCAGCGCCUCCGCAUGGAGCCGUCUCGUACGACCCACAUUGGGUUCCUGUGUACAUCCUAAUGGCAGUAUUGUGUACUGUGUCGCGUCGGAAUGAGUAGCAGUUGUACAUGAUGUUGUUUAGAAUGUAUUUUCCCUCCGCGGUGGUUUACACGAUUUGCUUUUCCCUAACCUGGACAUGAUGUUUUGAACUGAGCUGAAACGACGGCCAUGUUUAUUCUCCAGUAUCUGGAGGGUUCGACCAGUUCAUUCCCGAUUCUGGCUUCUCAGGGAUUAAGAGCUGAUCCUGGAAUUAACUACCAUGGGACCCACGGUGGGACCUGGAAUAAAAGUGAAUA